UUGCAUUCAUUAUGUUUGGCACCGUCGACGCGUCAACAACAUAGAUCGCUGAUCGCUGAUCGCUGAAUGAUCAUAUCGGUACUGGAUCGUUUAACUCCUACAACUUACCUCACCAGGUAGCCAGGUAGCUUGGUAGCUUUUUGGCAACCGUCGACACGUGAUCGGGUUCUUUCUGCUCGUCAUUCAUUUUUUUGUGGAAUAUCUUGUGCAAUUGCCUGUCGAAUGCCGAAGAAUGUCUCGCAUCUGGAUUUGUGUAUCGAGCUCUUGAGAUUUAUUUGCACAAGUCUAGACUCGCGAUUGUUUGUGUCUGCCUCUCGAUCAACUUGACCUUUCAGUUUUAAUAUCCGACAUCGCCGAUCGGAAAUAGUUGAAAUUCCAGAUCAACCAUUAAAGUGUCGGAUUCUUAUAAAAAAGCAAUUAAAAAAUGCCAUCUUCGUGUGUAGUGUUUCUACUGGCAUUGCUAUACCUCUGCCUGAGUCCAGCUAUCAUUGCCCAAGAAUCGGAAUAUGCAGAACGCAACCAUAAGAAACGUCAAAUUUAUCGGGAACAAGUCUUGCCACAUGCGGGCGGCAAAAUUCCGGAUACUGCCUUUGAGACGGAUCGUCUGUUUCUGAAUCGACUCCAAAAGGAGGGCAUUGCAGUGCCAGAUGGCAUAGUUCCAGAGCAAAGGAAUCCUCAGGUCUAUCAGUACUACAGCAAACCGAUGCGAACUGUUUUCAGCAUUGCCCUGAGUUCCGAUGGAAGGUAUACGCCAAGGGAGGGGCGCUAUCACUACCGCCAGGUGCCAACCGUGGAAACGACCUACCUGUACCCGCAGGCAGUGGGACGCCAGCACGUGCUGGUGCCGCCGAAGCAUGCCCUGCCCGUCUACCGGCAGCUCCAGUUGCACAAUCCCCUGCUCAACCAGGUCAAGUUGCAGCCCAAGAAGAUGCCCAAUUUGCUCGAUCUGGCGCCGACGGUGGGCAAGAGUCGCACAAGCCCAUUAGCCGGGUCGGCGAAGGCCCAAUCUUAUCAGAAUGUGAAUCUCCUGCAUGGACACAGUCCGGUGCUCCCGGCUUUCAAGAAAACCUCACGCGGCAGCAAGACCUAUGUGGACAGCUAUGGCACAACCCACCUCUUUAGCGAGUUUGACGAGCUGUUGAACAAACUGGACUUGCAGCAAUCGACCCAGAAGAUUUAUUAGUUUUAUGAAAUGCAUCAACACUUUAGUAGAAUUUAGUAUGAUAUCAUAUGGCAAUAAUGUGCAUCUCGAGCUUAAAACAAAUAUUUACGGAUGGUAGUUCGUAACAAAGAUUAUCCAACCGGCAGCAUGUCAUUUCGAAAAUCAUAUGCCAUACUCCCGCUCACCGAUUAGUGCAUUUCCAUUCCCAUUCCCAGGUUGGCAAAGCCCAUCCCAUACACUGGAAAAAAAAAGUAUUAUUUAAAAGAAAAACAAUCAUCCAUUUUAAAACCUUUUACUCUGCCAAGAUUUGGAAUAUCUAAGCCCCAUAAUUUGUUAAUCCUUUCCUGUUUUAGUCAUAAAUGAUUUUAUAAAUUUUAACUGUGUAACCAUCCACAUCCACCCAUCGCAUGUUAACCCAUCCAUCGUAUUAUAAAGUCUAAGCCCGGCCAAGACGCUGAAUGGGAAUUCAUCGCUUUUAGCUAGUUAAGCGUAAACAAUUUGUAUCUUGCAAAAUAAAUUUAGCCAUAUUGCAUUGUUUGGCUCAUACGUACUUUCCCACAAAAGUCACAUAUCAUAAUUAUGAGCAGAAACGCUCCUGGCGUUUCGUUUACUUUGGCAAUAAUUGAAGCAGAGCAGUAAGUAAUUUGCCAAUUUGGUUGGAAAAAGCUUAGACCAAAAAAACAGCUUCCAGUGGAUCGGAAAGUUGCAGCAGCAGUACCAGUACCACCAUCAAAAUCCGUUCAAAUCGGUUGCUUUACCCUUGAAAGCUCCAAAGACUUACACCAAAGCGGCUCAAGUGGCCUGGCUUUUGGUGGAAAAUAGCAGUUCAGUUUGAUUUUCAAGCCCAACUCGGACGGUUGUCGCUCCAUCUUGAAGAAACCUUAAAAAUAUCAUAAAUUUCCAACGUAGGCGGAUAAAAUUGCUAUCAAAAUAAAAAAAUGAUGCC